CAGGCCAGUGACGCCGCUAAGACUCCCCGCCUGGUCACCCAGCUCCAUUUCACCAGCUGGCCUGACUUUGGAGUUCCUUUCUCCCCAAUUGGAAUGCUCAAAUUUCUCAAAAAGGUCAAGUCAGUAAAUCCAGACUUCGCUGGGCCCAUUGUGGUCCACUGCAGUGCUGGUGUUGGGAGGACGGGAACCUUCAUUGUAAUAGAUGCCAUGAUUGAAAUGAUGCACGCAGAGCAGAAAAUUGACGUAUUUGGGUUUGUCUCCAAGAUACGAGAGCAGCGCUCGCAACUCAUCCAGACAGAUAUGCAGUACUCAUUCAUCUAUCAGGCCUUGCUUGAAUACUACCUCUAUGGAGACACAGAACUGGAUGUUUCUUCUCUGGAAGGUCAUCUGCAGAAACUGCACAACACCUUUAAUGAUGGUGAUCGCAUUGGCCUGGAGGAAGAGUUUAAGAAACUGACUAACAUGCGCAUAAUGAAAGAGAACAUGAGAACAGGAAACCUCCCAGCCAACAUGAAGAAGAACAGAGUUCUGCAAAUUAUUCCCUAUGACUUCAACAGAGUAAUUCUUUCCAUGAGAAGAGGUCAAGAGUACACAGACUAUGUCAAUGCGUCUUUUAUAGAUGGCUACAGACACAAGGACUACUACAUUGCCACACAGGGCCCUCUGCAGCACACAGUGGAGGAUUUUUGGAGAAUGGUGUGGGAGUGGAAAUGUCACUCCAUAGUCAUGCUCACUGAGCUCCAGGAGAGGGAGCAGGACAAAUGUUGCCAGUACUGGCCGACAGAGGACUCAGUCUCCUAUGGAGACUACACAGUAGAGCUAAAGGGAGACACCCUGUGUGAAACCUUUAGCCUACGAGACUUGGUACUCACCUUUGUUCCGGAGAAGCAGACAAGGAUGAUCAGGCACUUCCACUUCCACGGCUGGCCAGAGAUCGGAAUCCCGGCCGAGGGGAAAGGCAUGAUCGACAUUAUCGCCGCAGUGCAGAAACAGCAGCAGCAGUCUGGGAACCACCCCAUUGUUGUACACUGCAGUGCUGGUGCAGGGCGAACAGGUACGUUCAUUGCACUGAGCAAUAUCUUGGAGCGAGUCAAGGCAGAAGGCCUGCUGGACGUGUUUCAAACUGUGAAGAGUUUACGCAUGCAGAGGCCUCACAUGGUCCAAACAGUGGAACAAUAUGACUUCUGCUACAGGGUGGUACAAGACUUUGUUGACAUUUUUUCAGACUAUGCCAAUUUUAAAUGAUGAGAUUUGCCUUAAACACGGUUUUUAAAUGUUGUUUUCUAAAGCCAGUUUGUCAGUUUUAUGCGUUUCUUUAACUUGGUUAAAAUAAUCUUCUAUUUUGCUAUGCACUUGUCCUACCAUUAACUCCAGCUCCUUUCUCGCUGUAAUAUAUGGUAUGUCAGUCGAUGAGAAUUGUAAAUGAAAAAGCUAGAUUAAUAAUGUAUAUUUCACAACAUGUAUGAUCAUUUCUUCGUCAUGAAGUGUUGUUUCAGAGUCCGAUUUUAGUUUUGUUGUAUAAUAUUGUACUUUAAAUGUUUGUGUUAUUUUGGAU